GAAUCCGCGCCUACUCAGUUUAAUGUAAAGUCCUGUUUAUUAAAACAAUAUAUAAAAUAUUUUUGAUAAUUAGUUUUACAUGAAGUGUUAAAUUGUCGGAAAUUGGAUGCGUUCUCAAAAUGGAAGAUUUAGAUGCACAACAAUUGGAAGAGCUACAACAAGCCUUUCGCAUUUUCGAUAAAGAUGGCGAUGGGACAAUCUCCACUCAAGAGCUGGGAACGGUGAUGCGAUCCCUGGGUCAGAACCCAUCAGAAGCUGACCUACAAGAUAUUAUAAAGGAAGUCGAUGUUGAUGGCAAUGGACUUAUUGAAUUUGAGGAAUUUGUAACCUUGAUGUCGAAGAAAUUCACAGAAGAGGCGUCUGAAAAUGAUAUAAGAGAAGCAUUUAAGGUAUUUGACCCAGAGAAUUUAGGUUAUAUUCUGGCAUCCGACCUCCGACACAUAAUGACAACAAAAGGUGAUAAAAUGUCAGAUGAUGAGGUGGAUGAGAUGAUUGAAGAUGCCGACCUGGAUGGUGAUGGACAUAUUGAGUAUGAGGAAUUUGUAAAGAUGUUGGCUGAAAAGUAAUUGGUGAAAACAUGCCAAAUAUAGGAAGAUACCCGCUGUAAAAUGUUCAUUCUUUUAAAAUCCAAAUGUUUCUAUUUCUUCAUUGCCAUGUAAACUGUUCAUGGAAUCUUAUCUUUGGAGAAAAUCAGAACAAAAUGAUGCGUAGAAACCACAUGAACACUAUUAUGUAGCAGUUUGACAUUGUGUGGCUAUAACCUACUGAUAGAAUAUAUUAAGCAUGUCUGAAAUCCCACGACUUUCAGAUUUAAAACUUUUUAGAAAUGUUUUAUCAUAUAAACAAAGUUAUAUCUGAUGGAAAUUAAUCUCGACAACAUUAGAAACUUAGCCUUGUAGCUGUGUAGUUUGUAUUCAAUUCUCGGAAAGGAUUUCUUUUGGUCGUACUUGCAAUCAUUCGUUCCUCACUCACGUUGGUCAGCUGAUAUCAUUGUUUACCCUCUACUUCAGCAACACCACAUGUGGAGAUAACUCUACUGGCUUUUUAAUGGUCCCAUUGCCAGCUACAAUUUCUUAGAUUUAGUAAGUUAACCAAGUACAAAAAAUGUAUUCAAAUUCUACACAGUCAUUCUGUCAAUGUGUGAAUCCAUUAAGCUAUCAAUUGUAUACCAUCUCUAUUUUUUCACAUUGUAAAUAUCAUGCUGAUGCAUAUUUACGUGUGCAUUUCAUUUGCUUAUAAACGCUUACGUCUAGUUUACGUGUUAAUAAAUAAAUUUGCAUCAAUA